AUGAAAAGCGACCAUUCAGGAUCAAAUAAUGAAUGCAGUGAACGGUCUCAAGAAGCACAAGAAAAUGAUGAGAUUGAGAGGGAUCGUGAUGAUAAUGACAAUGAUAAUGUGGUGAGUAUGACUGAAGCGGGAGAUGGACGGCAGGAUGCGACGAGAAGCGAUAAUGAGCGAGUGGAGAAGGUAGAUAAUAAUGGUGCAGAAGAAGAGGCUCUUUCUGAAUCGGAUGGUGACGACGAUAACGAUUACUUUAAAACACAUCUAUCCGCAAACAAUCAGCGUUAG